UUUUCCUUUGCAGCAGGAGGGAGCAGCUGCAGCAGCAGGAACAGGAGGAGGACACGGCUGCCCUGGCCCUUUGCUCUGCGGCGCAGCCCGGCCGCUGCCCAGGCGCCAGGGCAGGCGGGCUGCGGCUGCAGCAGGGCGCUCUUUGGCCAGCCCCUGGCAGCCGUCUGCGGGGAGGAGGGCACGCUGCCCCGGCCCAUCCAGGAGCUGCUGGCUGUCCUGCAGCAGGAAGGGCCAUCGACGGAGGGGAUAUUCCGGCAAGCUGCCAGCGUGACAGCGCUUCGGGAGCUGCGGGAGGCCCUGGACCGCGGUGCAGAGGUGGAGCUGGGAAGGCAGCCGGCGCUGCUGCUGGCUAUCCUCUUGAAGGACUUCCUGCGAAGCAUCCCCUCCAAGCUCCUCGUCAACGACCUCUACGAGGACUGGAUGGCCGCCAUGCGGAGGACCAGCAAGGAGGAGAAGAUGGCAGAGCUGAAAGCGGUGGCCGAGAAGCUGCCCGCGGCCAACGUCCUCCUCCUGAAGCGGCUGCUCUCCCUCCUCCGGCGCAUCGCCCGCAGCGCGGGCACCAGCAGGAUGAGCUCCAGCAACCUGGCCAUCUGCAUGGGGCCAAGCCUGCUGAGCCCACCGCACGAGGACCUGCUCCCGCUGGAGGCCAUGCUGGAGGCGACCGAGAAGGUGAAGGUGCUGGUGGAGUUCCUGGUGGAGAACUGCAGGGAACUCUUUGGGGAGGAGACCGCUGAGCUUUGCUGUCCAGCAGCCGAGGAGUCGCCAGCCCCCAGGCAGAGCUCCCGAGGCCCGCGUUUGGCAGAGCAAAGCGUCCCUGCGGUCAGAGCAGAGCCCGAGCGUCAGGCAGAUGCCUCGCCGCGCACGCCCGCCUCUCUAGAGCUCGGUGUCCUCCGAGAAGCCGGGGGAGAUACGGUGGUGGGGUCUGACGCGGGAGAGGCACCUCCGGCUUUGCCUCCGAGCACCCCCGAGAGCGCGGCAGACUCCCCGGGGCGCCCCGAAGAACUGGCGAGCCUUUCAAGGGAAAGAAGGUUUGCAGGCUCUCCCCAGGCCGAGGGAAAAAGAAGAGAGCGAAAGAGGAAACAGGCCUGGGGGGAGGAGAGUGAAAGCCCCGUGGAAGAGACGAGGAGGAAGAAGAGGGCAGAAGUUUCUGGGGCUGGACCAAAGAGAAGAGGCAGGAGGGUGCAGGAGGCCAGGAGGCCCACGUGGAAGAGACGAGGAGGAAGAAGAGGGCAGAAGUUUCUGGGGCUGGACCAAAGAGAAGAGGCAGGAGGGUGCAGGAGGCCAGGAGGCCCAGGUGUGUACCAGGCUCUGCCGCCCAUCUUUGCCACGAACGGUUCCUCGUGAAGGGUGUGCCCCAAGGAGAGGGGAACAAAGCCCUGCCUCGUCCUGCCCUUCUGGCUUUAUGGGAGCUUUCUGACUC